UUCAUGAAUGGAGACAGUGCCAAGUUGGAGAAUACUUUCCCUAGAACUCUUCUUCUUCUCACUUUCCUUGUUCCCUCAACCCAUCCCAUCCUUGGUCUAUAUAUCUCUCCUUUCUUCCCAUAUACAUCUCCCAUUCCUUUAGCUAUUUCUUUCUCUUUCUGCCCCAUACUUGAACUAGUCAUAUACUCAACAUAAACGGCAACGUAGAUACCAAUUCUUCAAUGGAUUCUAAUUGGGUUGACACUUCUCUUGACCUCAAUCUCAACCCUUUCCCUGGCAAACCUAAGAAGACAGAACCUGUAGAAGAUUUAGUUGUCUUGCAAGGCAAAGAACUACAGAUGGACGCUUUGAUGGAGGAGUUUAACCAGCUUAGAGCUGAGAACAGGAAGCUAACUGAAAUGCUAACUAUAGUCUGUGAGAAUUACACCAGUCUGCAAAACCAAUUCAUGGAGUUGAAGAACAAGAACUCUGAGAACGAAGUGACAACUUCAAGAAAGAGAAAGGGGGAGGCGGCGCCGGACGAUUGCGCCAAUAUGAUCGGAUUCAGUGGACGCUCGGAAAGCAGUUCCAGCGAUGAAGAGUCAAUUAAAAGGCCUAAAGAGAGCUCUAAGUCAAGCAUUUCAACGGUUUGCGUUCGCACCAGUCCUUCUGAUACCUCUCUGAUUCUGAGAGAUGGAUAUCAAUGGAGGAAAUAUGGCCAGAAGGUCACCAGAGAUAACCCAUCUCCUAGAGCCUAUUUUAAAUGCUCUUAUGCCCCUAGUUGCCCAGUCAAGAAGAAGGUGCAAAAAAGUGCUGAAGAUCCAUCAAUCUUAGUGGCAACAUAUGAAGGAGAGCACAACCAUGCAUGCCCUUCUCAGGCAGAAGUAUCAUUGAGCUCCACCCAGACUGCUGCUAAUCCUUGUCGCUCUGUUCCUAUUUCUGCUCCCGUGAAACCUUCAGCUCCCAGCGUGACCCUUGACUUGUUGCAACCGAGCUUUAUCAAAGAUGUGAAAAAAUCAUCAGAGGAAAUGGAUUCUGCAGAUAUCCAAAAGCUUUUAGUGCACCAAAUGGCGGCUUCUCUAGUUAGAGAUCCCAAUUUCACAGCGGCACUAGCAUCAGCCAUUUCAGGAGGAGUUUUAGAGCAGAGUAGGAUAGAAAAAUGUUGAAUACAUAAGAGUUUAUAUGGUUCUGUAUUUUUUUGUCUUUCUUACUGGUUCAUUUUUGAAUAUGCAAAAUAGUAUCAUGUGAUGUCCGAUUGCAAAACCAUGACUAUCACAUUGAGACCUACCUCUAUAUUAGGAAGCUAGUCACCAUCUGAUAGUCAAUGUUAUGCAGUUAAUAUAGUUUCGUAAUGUAUAUAAAUAUUUAACAAAAGGAAAAGUAUAUUAAAAAAUAAUGUAAUUAUUUGUCAUUCAUUUGAGCAGUGUGACAUAUUUAGA